UUGUUUUUUUUUAAUGUUUCUCCUCCUUCCCCACCCCCCAUGAUCCCGUCCUCCGGCUACUGCGGCUGCGCAAAGAGCUUGCGGUCCUUUCGACCUCUACAGCCGUACUUCGCUUAGGCGGAAAGCCGCCCGGCGCCGCUGCUGCCGCUACCAUCCCCGAGCUACCAGGACCCCGGAUCCUUAGGAGCUGCAGAGCUCCCGUGGCCCCCCUGCUCUCCCAGCAGCGCAGCGUUUAGCAGCAACCAUGUUCGCGUGCAUCAAGCUCGCCGCCGGCUCCCCCGCAUUGAUGCGUACUGGAUCAAGGAUCCUAUACAGACCAAUUUCUGCAUCGAUGUUGUCUAGGCCGGAAGUCAGGACUGGAGAGGGCAAUACUACUUUCCUUACAGGUUCUCAUAAUGCUGGCAAUCAACUAGCACUAAGGGAGUUCCAAACUAGUGCUCUCAACAGGGACAUUGACACCGCUGCCAAAUUUAUUGGUGCAGGUGCAGCCACAGUAGGAGUGGCUGGUUCUGGUGCUGGUAUUGGAACUGUCUUUGGGAGUCUAAUCAUUGGUUAUGCCAGGAAUCCUUCUCUGAAACAGCAGCUAUUCUCCUAUGCUAUUCUGGGAUUUGCCCUGUCCGAAGCCAUGGGUCUCUUCUGUCUCAUGGUUGCAUUCUUAAUUCUGUUUGCCAUGUGAAGAGAUUUGUUUCCAGUGUUGGCACUAAUGAACUACAAUGUGAUUCUGUGAACGUGAGCUUGGAAAAUGUUUAUCAUGGAAAUGUAUGCUACUUCCAAAGCAGCUUAAUUAAAGAUGGUAACAAGUUUAAACUUA